GCACGGUAGUAAAGGAAAAGAAUGAAGUGUCCAUUCUGCUCGGCGGCGCAGGGGCGGUGCGCCACCACGAGCUCCGGUCGGUCGAUCACGGAGUGCACGUCAUGCGGGCGCGUGGUGGAGGAGCGGCACUCCCACCCACACCACCUGUUCCACGUGCGGGCCCAGGAUAACCCUCUAUGCCUCGUGACCUCUGAUCUCCCCAACCCCGAACCCUCUCCAAUCACCAAGGACGACGACCCUUUCGAGCCCACGGGAUUCAUAACCGCCUUCUCCACCUGGUCCCUUGAACCCAUCCCCCUCUACCUCCAGUCCUCUCUCUCAUUCUCCGGCCACCUCGCCGAACUCGAGCGCACUCUCGAAUCCACCUCCUCCUCAUCGUCGUCGUCGUCUUCUUCUUCUUCGACGGUUGUGGUGGAUAAUUUAAGGGCGUACAUGCAGAUUAUCGAUGUGGCCUCCAUACUUGGCUUAGACUGCGAUAUUUCCGACCACGCUUUUCAGCUGUUCAGGGAUUGUUGCUCGGCUACUUGCCUCAGAAACCGUAGCGUUGAGGCUCUUGCUACUGCCGCUCUUGUUCAAGCCAUUCGAGAGGCCCAAGAGCCUCGAACCCUUCAGGAAAUUUCAAUAGCAGCUAAUGUACCACAAAAGGAAAUUGGGAAGUAUAUGAAGAUUCUGGGAGAAGCUUUACAGCUAAGUCAACCUAUUAACAGCAAUUCCAUAUCAGUCCAUAUGCCAAGAUUUUGCACGCUCCUACAGCUCAACAAAUCUGCUCAGGAACUGGCUACUCACAUAGGAGAGGUUGUGAUCAACAAAUGCUUCUGCACUCGUAGGAAUCCAAUUAGCAUUUCAGCUGCUGCUAUAUAUUUGGCUUGCCAACUCGAAGACAAACGUAAAACUCAGGCUGAAAUUUGCAAGGUAACUGGCCUUACUGAAGUCACUCUACGUAAAGUGUACAAGGAACUACUGGAGAAUUGGGAUGAUUUGCUUCCAUCAAAUUACACCCCGGCUGUGCCUCCAGAGAGAGCAUUUCCCAUGACCGUAAUUGCUUCUGGUCGCUCCACAACAGCUAAGGUUGAUGCAAUAGAGGCCACUUUGGACACAGAGAAGUUGCCAGAAAUCAAACCUAACAAACCGACUGAGGUCUCAGUCACUGUGCAACAGUCCAGAGGGAAGGAUGAGGCCGAAGUUAAAAGCAAUGGCCGUGCCGCCAACCAUCCCACACAGAAUCAACAGUCAACUUAUUGGCAAUCCCAGCUUCCCAGUGGGACAAACAGUCAUCCUAAUGUUUUGCAAGGAAUGGAUAUCGACAGAUCAGAGAGUAACCACCCCCACACUGAAAAGAUGGCAGAAGACACAAAUGGCACUGCCAGUGCCAAUUCUCUAAACCCAAGCCAACUUUACAGUCCUCCUGGUUCAAGUGCAAGCUCUGUUAUGAGGCAGUUUUCAGCUUCCCCUUCAUCUGGACACGUGAAUGUUCGAUUAGCGCAGUCACCUAAGACGAUGCCAGGUUAUCCGGAGAACUGAGGAAUAGUUAAUCUAAAUGGACAUGGAUUUUAUUGAAUCGGAGCUUUUGUGCCAACACCUAACCUAGUAGAAAAACAAAUGUGAUUGUUUAUUCAGAGUAUAGUAUUGUGUAUAGUGUGCCAUUUGGUUUGUUUUUGUUUUUGGGUUGUGAACGGUGUGAUUAUUGCCAAAUCAUCCAUUCCUCUUACUUCUAGUUGCAAUGUAAUUGCUAAUACUGUCAAAACUCUGGAAUAAUUGCAGAGACAGUGAAAGUAGUGCUAAAUAGUAAAUAGUAUAGCCGCAAAGCAAUGAUAAAUAGUAGAUGUAGAUGUAGAUGUAGAUGUAGAUGUAAAUGUAUGUUGUGUGUAGACCAAAAAUAGAUUUGAUCACAUGCAAACUAAUUUGCACGACACUUGACGGUGUAUAUAUGACAAUAUUCCCGGAGAGAAUUUGUCAAUGCUGUC